AUAUAUCUAAUUAGAGUUAGAAGAGGAAAUUCACCACCAAAGGUUAGAUAUGAUGGCCUCUUUUCUUCAAGAGCUUGUAAUUGGAAUUCCAUUCACCUCAGCAGCAUACAUGGUUGAGAAUUCAUCAAAGAAAUACUUGCCUGAUUCUUCCAGCCAAUACAAUAAGUCUACCACAAAUUCAAAGCAAAGUAGAGCAAAUUCAGUUCUUACCAGGAUGAACAAGCUUGGUAGAAAGGCUGACAGUUUUGCAACUGAACUCAGAGAACAUGUAAGACUUGGGCCAAAGAUAACUGAUACAGUAAAAGGGAAGUUAAGCUUAGGAGCAAGAAUUCUUCAAGUUGGAGGAGUUGAGAAAGUUUUCAUGCAACUCUUUAGUGUUAAAGAUGAUGAGAGGCUACUAAAAGCAUCUCAGUGCUAUUUAUCAACCACAUCUGGUCCUCUAGCAGGUCUUCUCUUCAUAUCCACUAAUAAAGUUGCAUUUUGCAGUGAGAGAUCAAUCAAGAUCUCUUCUCCAAAAGGUCAAUUGAUCAGAACCCAUUACAAGGUUGUGAUCCCACUUGAUAAAAUAAGUUGUGUUGACCAAAGUGAACAUGUGAAGAAGCCUUCAGAAAAGUACAUAGAAAUAGUUACUGUGGAUAAUUUUGACUUCUGGUUUAUGGGUUUCUUAAAUUAUCAGAAAUCUUUCAAAUGUUUGAAGCAGAUUCUGUCUCAUGCUUAGAGAAAGGAA